UGCCGGGCGUGAAGGGCAUCUGGAAGAAGAAGGCUCCCAACAAAGCCCUCUUCUCCAUCCUGGGCAAGAGCAACCUCCGCUUCGCUGGCAUGAGCAUCGCAGUCAACAUCUCCGUUGAUGGCCUGAACCUCAUGAUCCCCACCACACGCCAGAUCAUCGCCAACCACCACAUGCAAUCCAUCUCUUUCGCCUCCGGCGGGGACACGGACACCACAGACUAUGUCGCCUACGUCGCCAAGGACCCCAUCAACCAGAGAGGUGACUCCAGCCCCCGCACCCAGGAGCUCUGGGGAAGAGGAGGGAUGCACUGGGGGAUAAAGGUGCUGGGUGUGGAGGACUCGGCAUGGGGGGAAGACGAAGAGGCAGCCGAGCACGAUUACUACAACAGCAUCCCUGGGAAGGAGCCACCGCUCGGGGGUCUGAUUGAUUCCCGGCUCCGACACAGCACGGGCCACGUCCGCACACAGCCCUCCGGCUCCGGACCCCCCGGCCAGGGUGGGAUGGCAGCCAGGCGAGACCAGAGCAGCCAGCUGGGACCACCCUGGGACCUGGAGAGCCAGGGGCCCUUCGAGGAUGCCCUGAAGCUCCAUGAGUGCAUUGCUGGGGGCAGAACCAGCCCCCCCAUCGAGGACCAGUGGCUGAGCCCCCCCACGCGGAAGGCCCCCGUCGCCCCCACAGAGGAGCAGCUCAGGCGGGAGCCCUGGUACCACGGGAAGAUGAGCCGGAGGGAUGCCGAGAAGCUCCUGCAGAUGGACGGGGACUUCCUGGUGCGGGACAGCCUCACCAACCCGGGGCAGUACGUGCUGACCGGCAUGCACUGCGGGCAGCCCAAGCAUCUGCUGCUGGUGGAUCCCGAGGGCGUGGUGAGGACCAAGGAUGUGCUGUUUGAGAGCAUCAGCCACCUCAUCAACCACCACCGGCAGAAUGAACAGCCCAUCGUGGCUGCAGAGAGCGAGCUGCACCUCCGCCAGGUUGUCCAGAGGAAGCAGUAA